AUGUUUGGAAUGGCACUGCUUAACUCCGAGGAUGAGAAAACUUACUUUUGGUUGCUUGGCAAAUUUAUUGAAUGCCAUAAUCAUGUAACACCAAAGGUUGUGGUGACAGAUGGAGAUGGAGCUAUCAAAAAUGUUGUCUUGAAGUACUUCCCAAAUGCAACUCAUCGGUUGUGUGCGUGGCACAUGUGUACCAACGCUUUAAAAUUUUCAAAAGACCCCCGAUUCUUACAAGGAUUUCAAGAUGUCAUGUACAACUAUUACACAAUAGAGGAAUUCAUGCAAAAAUGGGGGGAAUUAAUACACAAUUUUGACCUCCAUUCUAGCCAAUGGUGCACCAACACUUAUCAGAAUCGUCGUUCAUGGGCAGAGACAUACCUAAGAGGGAAAUUUGUCGCCGGAAUGCAGACCAACCAAAGAUGUGAGUCCAUGAAUUCAAGUAUUAAAAAAAUUCCUACAUGCAAGUUAUAG